AUGCGGCAGAUGAUCUUGGCCGCGGAUAAGGCAGAGCGCCAGUCGGCUUUGAACAAGCUCCUGGCCAUGCAGCGCGAAGACAUCAGCAUGCUAGUGACCUACCUCCUGAGCUUUUUGCUCUCGGUGCAUGCGGGCCUGGCAGAGGAUGCAUCCAUUCGCUUCGCUGCACAGCGGUGGCCUGAGCUUUUGCCAAUCGCGGCCGAGGUCAUCUGCGAGUUGGGGUGGUGGAUUGAGGCUCGAGGGGACAGAAUAUGCCGUCGUGACGAGCGUGGCUAUGUUCGGUCCUUCCAUGUGGGCUUCGACUCUGAAAAGCUUCUACACGAAUGGCUUGUGGAUUGGCAUCGCCGCGCGGCCCUGGAUGCUACAGUCCGCGUGAGGAGGUCGCUGCAUCGUGACGGAGAUGAGGAGGACCUGGCCCAAGGCCUCUCACUGCCUACAGUUCCCACAGGUUCUCUGUGUGUUUAUGCUGGACAUCGCAAAGCGUAUGAGGCUUCCGCCAAUCGGCAUGUCCGAAACUCUGCUUUGGCAACUGGUUGCUCAGUGUGGGCUAAGGCUGCUAAGCAACGUGUCCCUGCCGAGCGGAUCAAGACAUGUGGGUGUGGGGCCUCUUUCCCGAGCAGGCCUCACCUGCUUUGGCAGUGUAGUGCCACAGAGCACUUGCGCCCUCGUUGCGAGGCGCCUAAAAACAGAGUUGAGGAGCGCAUGCUGGCCAGGGUUGUCCCUGAGCUCCCUGCGCCGCCGUGCGUCAUUGGGGAUGACGAGGUUCUCGAGGCCAUCACCGUUGACAUCGAGAAGCUGUUGCGCGACAAGGGCACCGUGACCGUCGGCACUGAUGGCAGUGUUGUCUCCGAGGUCGCUGCGUGGGCUGUUGCCAUUCAUGGUGGGGGCACCCAUGCUUCUGGAGUCAUUGGGGAAGACCAGUCUCCAUACCGUGCCGAGGUUGAGGGCAUUCGACGGCUGUUGCUUGCUGCCAGUUCUUGCACCGGGUCUGGUAGGCUUGUGAUCAUCUCUGACUGCAAGUCUGCUAUUGACACUGCUUUUGGACGUGGUCAGGCCACUCUUUUGGUUGCGGAGGUGGAAGCCCUUUUAGCUGCUGUAUGUGGUUUGGGCAUUGAGGUCACCCUACAUUGGGUUCCGAGCCAUGGCAAACUUGCGCCAACACGAUGGCGGCCUCCUCCGGGGGGCGAGCUUUUGGCGAGGUUUCUAAACGAUGCUGCUGAUCGGGCUGCCAAGGCCCAUGCUGGACUUCGUGCACGUCGCAGCGCUCGCGAGGCAUGCCUUGCUGCGCGCGCUGGUGCUGCUGAGUGGGAGACGCAGGCGAUCACUGGCCUUGCCAAGAUUGCUGAGUUCUACGAUUUGCAGUAG